UGCGACCUUGGCCAUGGCCGACCUCCACUUCUCCCUUGGCAGGCGCUGCCCUCCUCUGGUCCGAGCUCGAGCAGGUGAGCUCGCCCCAUGGCCUCGGCUCCUAGCCUCCAGGCUCGGCUACGAGGACACCACGCUCGCCCUCACCCUCCGCCUCCCGGGCUCCGACUCCGGCCGUUCCUCCUCGCUCGCCGCGCCCUCCGCUGCGCCGUCACCCAAGGCGCGGGUGGUGGGGUGGCCGCCGGUGAGGUCGUACCGCAAGAACGCGCUCGCCGACUCCAGCAAGGCCAACCGCGCAGCCAAUUUCGUGAAGGUGGUCGUCUCCCGCCGCUCCUCGGCCUCUGCUCCUCCCGCGCCCGGUUCCCAUCGCCGCUCUCUUCCCCAGCGCGUCUUCUUCCCCAGCCGCGCCGUGCCGAGCUGCUUCUUGCGCACGCGCCGUGCCGAGCUCGCCCCCGACCUCUGCUCUUCCCUGGCGCGUCGCGUUCUUCCCUGCACUUGCCCAUGGCGGCCGAGCUCCCAGCCUGCGCGCCCUCCGGUUCUCUGUGUCGCGCGCUGCUCCAGCUCCCACGGCGCGCAGCCUCCCUCUCGGCUCACCGGAUCUCCCAGCGCCGCGCCCAGCUUCUUUCUCCCUCAGCUCCCGCGGUUCUCUCUCCAUCUCCCUCCGUUCUCUGUUGCGUGCCCAGCAGAACUCCCCUGCGCGCCCGGAUUCUCUCCUUCCCUACUCGAAUUUGGUCAGGCCCGUGCAGCUCCCUGGCGCCCUGCUUCCUCUGUUCUCUCCCUGGACGCGCACAGCGUUCCGUCGAACUCCUGCGCCGUGCCCUGCUCAGGUUCCAUGGCCGCACCAAAUUCCCUGCGCGCGCUGGCCUACAACUCGACUGCACACCUCCCUACUUGUCAUGGCCACCGUGCCCUGCUCCCUGAUUUCUGCUCGCCGCGCGCGCUCAUCUCUCUGUUCGCCUCUGCGCACAACUCUCCGAGCUCCAUGGCCGGUUCCCUGCUCGCCGGGGAUGCUCCUGCUCCAGCUCAACCUCGCCUUGUGCGCUCUGUUUUCUUGGUCUCACGCGCGGCAAGGUAGUACUCCGGUCAAGGGUAGAUUAGUACGAAGGGGUACAUAACCUGCAUCAAAAGCAAUAAAACAGACGUUAAUGGAGCGCGGGAGAUUAACUGUCCCAAUCUGGCGUGACUUUGAACUCCAUAAUACCAAACUGGCGAAGUACAGCUGCGGAGUAAUAAACUGGUGAAGCCGCGCGACGAAAAUGUUACAAACUCAAAUAACUCGCAGCCAUGAACAAUGUGAGAGGGCGAAAGGCAGCGGAAGAACCCAGCGGAGGGAGGCACGAAGGGGGCAGGGCAGCGUUUCCCCGGCCGGAGCCGGGAGGCGGCGGAGGUGUUAGAAAUACUAGACGAGAGGAGGGCCUGAGCUGGUGAGGAGGACUGGAGGAGGAGGAGGAGAGGCGCAGGAUGUGCCGGCGACGACGCGCCCGUCUCUCCUUGAGAUUUGGUUAUCUUCUGCUAUGUUUGGCUACGACUCCAAUACACGUAGUUUGAGAAGAAUUUAGAUGUAAAUUAAACUAAUUUACAUCUCAAUCCAUCUCAACUCAUGUGUAUUAGGGCAUGUAACACCAAAACGGUUCUCCAAGCACAGGAGACAACUAAGAGACUCUAUUGUACAAUGGAGUGUCUAUAAACGUAGUCUAUUAAUAAAUACAGAAUUAAAUGUAUUUGUAUAGCAUCAGAUCGAUAGAACAGACGACAAAUUCGUACAGUGGGAAGUGAGGCGUCUGUUGCUACUUGAUUUACGAGCCAGAGACGUCUCUUCACGGAGAGACGGCUCUAAGAUUUUUUUGCAAAUAACCCCCUUAAACACCUUAAGAGACUCCACAUUAAACACCACUGUACAUGCCCUUAGAAUAAAUGCUAGAUCAUUCAAACAAACCCUUCCUCGUAAAUCAAUUUCUAUAAUCUGACUUCUCAACACAUAUGUAUUGAGAUAAAUACUAGAGCAUCGUAAAUCAAUUUCUAUAAUCCGGUGCAAAUCAAAUUAUCUUAAGUUUAGCUGACUUUAUAUAAAAACAAUAUCCCUUAUAUCCGAUGGUAUAUCAAACAAUACUAAUUUGAUAUUAUAAUUCUUGAUGUUUUUUUUCUAAAAAAAUAACUAAAUUCUAAAACUUUUAUUCCUAUGCCAUGUGGAUUCGAUAUGUUUGGAAAAAUUAUGAAAUAUUUUGAUUUGUUUCAGAUUUAAACCCACUCAAUUUCACCUAAUCCACAUGAAUUUAGAGCAAAACAAAUAAGCCCCUAUAAGGUGAGUGAGCAUUGUAAUAAUUAAACCUCGUAAAUUUUUUACAAACAAUUAUUCAAUAGCCCCUAUGUGUUGUAUUAUAAGAAAAAGGGUGAAUUCACAUUUGGAAGUAUCUGUCCCAAAUUAAAAUUGUUUUGGAGGUAUUAGUGGAUGUGGAUUCAUAUAUCAUAUAAUAUUUGAUUUAUGUAUUUUAUAUAUGUGUCUAGAUUUAUCAUCAUCUAUUUAAAUAUAGACAUAAAAACUAAGAGCUAAAACGAGUACUAUUUUGUAACAGGUGAGUACCAAUAGUCAAAGUAUAGUUUAAAAACCAUGCCAAGUCGAACACCACCUCCAUAAACAAAAUGGAAGGGAUACUUCCUUUAGCAAUUAAUUUUUUUUUGUUAAUAUAUAUAGUCCACACUUGUUUAAAGCCUUGUCAAACGUUCGUCAUAGAAACAACUUUGAGAAAGAAGCCCGGAGGAGUUGGAGUUGUUAAUUUUGAGUCCAUGGGUUUGUUUGGAAGCAAGGAGAUUGGAGGAGAAUUGCAGGGAUUAAAAUCUUCUCGAUAUUCAAAUUAAAUAGCGAGUGGAUUUUAGCCCUUACAGGGCUAGUUUGGUGAAUAGCAAGGGAUUUCUUAUCCAUGGAUCCUCUCUAAUUCUCUUGUUACCAAAUUGGCUCUCGGUCUCCUUUAAUCCUCUCGCUCCCAAACAAGCACUAAUGGUUCCUAGAAGCAUCUACAAUACAACCAUUUUAGAAUACACAUGGAAGUCGUUUGAGACUUACAGGAAAAGCAUAAAUAUGGCCAUAGGAGGGGCAAGGGAAUUAAAUCCAUGUUAUUUAGAUUUGUUUAUGUAUUCUAAGUCUGUUCUAAAAAAAUAUGAAAUCUCAACGUAAAAGGUAUAGUAGGUGAAUAGAUUCUUAAAAAUCUACAUAGUCCUCUAGUUCAACCCAUAAUCUUUUGUCCCCUAAUAUUUUUCACAUUCUUAGCAUCCAAAUUUUCCAAAAUAUUAUCCACAUGGCAAUUUAUAGGAUGAAUCGUUGUCUUUUCUAUUUGGAGGCCUCUCAUUUCACUCCCACACGAUGGCACCUUCCAAGGACGACUAGGGCUACCACUGUGUCCCUGCGCCACACUCCGGCUCAACCAUCUAUAAUCGCCGCACCUCUUGCCUAUCUCCCCUUCAAUGCUGCUUCAUCGUCCAACAUCCAUGUUCUUCUUUUCCAUCUAACGGUACCCUCCUUAGCACAUCCCGCCUCACACUUCAAUGUUCGGUGGAGUGGGUAUGACUACAACCACGACGCUUGCGCCUAGUCGGGCGUAGGAUCUCCAUGGCAGGACGUACCCCCUGCCGGUGAUGACAUGUUGUUGAAUCGGUUCGUCUCAAUGGGCAGAGCGGCAUCCCUCCUGCUAGGUUGUCACAUCAUCAUAAGAAUCUCUUAUAGAAUAUAUAGUUGACAAGUGUUUCAACUAAACAACUUUUAGCUUUUCUACAACCAUCAACUCACAUCGACUUUCCCGUAGUUUACAACUAAAAUCAGAUUUUCAAGAAUCUAUUACUGAACCAAACAGGCACUUAAUUUAAUUCAUAAAAAUAUGUGGAUACUACCUAUCCAGUAAAGAGUGAUAUUUUAUCCUAUGACAAACUAUCUUAUAUUUAACCAGUUUUCAUAGAAUAAUUAUUAAUAUUUAUGAUACAAAAUAUGUUUACUAUAAAAAUAGAUUUUAUGAUAAAUGUAAUGGUAUUUAUUUAAUUUGGUAUCAUUAAUCUUAGUAUUUUCAAUAUAAUCUUAGUCAAACUUAAGAUUGUUUGAAUUAUGACAUUACCAUAGUGACACUCUUUGCAGAACUAGGAUAAUAUGUUACAAACAAAUUACAAAAAAUAUGAAAAUAGAAGUUUUGUAUCUAGGGAUGCAAAUGGACACUUGAUAUGAAUUGGUCUUUUCUAGGCAUUCAAGUUUAUGUCAUUUCUUCUCCUAGGCAAUUAUAUCAUAUGAUAUAUCAUUAGCUUAUUUUAGCGAGAUCGUAGAAAAUUGAACUCUAUGAUAUAUAUGUCAUAUCUUAAUAGUAUAUGUCAUGAGCUCCAUAUAUCGCCAGUUGAACACAUACAUAUCUCAGCGGAAUAUUUUAGAGAGUGCUUGACUGAUAUAACAUGACUUCAAUUUUACAACAUCUAGUGAAAAGGUCUGGCUUUGAAAAUGGUAAGAGCAAAGGUUUAUAGGACUUGCAUAACUAGUAGAAAAAACAGGCUGUAGUCUCGGUUUUUCAGUCAGGACUACAAAACCAAGAUUAGACCUUUAGUCUUGGUCUAGAGAAUCUAGACUAAAGGCUCUGAGGCUAAAAAAUGUUCAUGCCCAUGUGGCUCGUGAGACUUGGACCCAAGACCAAUUACUAAAUAUAGGGAAAUUAGAAAAAUUAAUUAAACUCUACGAUAUCUAUAUCCUAUCUUAAUAGUAUAAUUGAGGAGCUCCAUAUAUCGAGGUUGAAUACACACACAUCUUUGUGGAAUACUAGAGUGCUUGAAUAAUCUAACAUGACUUCAAUUAUAACAUCUAUAGAAAAUGGUUGGUCUAGAAAAUGGUAAGAGCAAAGGUUGAUCGGGCUUACGUUACUAGCUAGUAUGAAAAUGUGGUUAAUCCUUUAGUUCUGCUCGGGAGAAAAACCGGAAAUAAAAGGUCUUCCAAGGCUAAAAAAAAUCCCUCGGCACCCCUAUGACUCGAGUGCCCCAUACCUUAUGCAUUGCCUCACUCGUAGCUUUGCACCCACCUACACAACUCAUGCAUCAUUGGAUGGAUGCUUUCCUUUUAAAAACUGAGGUCUUUAGAUGAAAUGUUUUCAUUGUAAACUAACCCAUUGAAGAACCUUUAUUUAGUCCUAGUUGGUGUUGCCGACCAGGACUAAACGGUUAAGGCUCUUUAAUUUAGUUCGGGUUGGUAACAUCAAUCGGAACUAAUAUAAGCCUUUAGUUUGUAUUACAAGUGAAACUAAAGGUCCUCCAAUACCUAAGUACUAACUACCUCUGUUUUUUAGUAUUUGUCGUCCCUGAUUCAUUUUUGAACUAAAACACGACAAAUAAAAAAGACCGGAGGUAAUAACACAUUAGUCGUGGGUCCAAGUGUGUUGAAUCCAAGGUCUAUUCUCUACUUAUGCAUUAAAUUUAAAACAACCAGCUUAAUUAAUUUACAUAUCCCAUUAUUAACCGACGUUAAAUAAUGGCUGCUUAUUUAUUCCAUUACUCAUGCAUCACUUUCACAGACGUGGGUGAUUUGCAAAUUCCAUGCAUAUGCGAAUGAAUAGGAAGGAUCAAGCCACCAUUCAUGGAAGUUGAUCCCGUGAAUGGAAUGUUUAAAGGGUCAUAAUAGAUAGGUCUAAUAUGAUUUAAAAAUUUCACAAAAGCCGCCACACAUGUAAGUUUAGAAAAAUAUGUGGAAGGGUUGAUCUUAUAUUAUACCAACUGUUGAAUUUGAAAUCCAUGAAGCCAGUUGACAUACAUCCAACUGGACCUUGUUUUGAUCACAUCUGCACCGUUCCAUUGUGUAUGCAUCACUUUCACGCAGCAUGUGGUUGGUUUGCAAAUUGCAUGCUGUGGUAAAUAAGAGAUAUGAAACCAUCCGUACGUUUUGCUGAUCUAGGAGUAUUUUUUUACAUAACUGGAAAAAAGGUAAAUGUAUUUUUAGAAGAUGUUUGUGGUUGCAACAAACCUUCUUGUUUAAUUUAACACCGGCCAUAGUACCCCCAUACAUUGACACAUGCAUGCAUGUAACCCAAAGAUACAACUGACUAGUAGCACUGAAUAUUCAAAAGAGUGACAUAGGAAAAGAAGGCUAAUUAAAGCUAGCUUAAGCUCCAAUCGUGUUGCUAAACCUCAAACAAAAAAUAUUAAAAAAAAUCUCCCUAACGGUGAUUUUAUUGAAUUAAUCAAAGAUAAAUAGACCGAGCCCAAUUAAAUAAAUCUAACAACGCUUCUCUUUUUCCAAGAAUGGAUGAGCUGCUCGGACCUUCAAUUUCCGUCAAAUUAUGAUGCUAUCAUGUAUAGCUAGGGGGAGGGGGCACACCAAAUCCCUGGAAAUAAUUAAACAUUUAAACUAGUCGACACACAUGUACAUGCCGUUUGUUAAUAGUCCGUGUUAAACAACACGGCUGCAUGAUUUGUUCCAUGAACAUGUGCGCUUGCAUUGCAUGCAUCACUUUCAGACAUGUGGGUGGUCUGCAAAUUCCAGGCGUACGCAGAUGAGCCAGAGAAAACCACACCAAUCACCUCGCACUUGAAUUGGAAUUUUCGGAACCACCACCAACGACCGCAUGACUAUGCUGCAUGGAACUUGGACGAUGGACACUAUACUUAAUAUAAACUGCACGAUCACCCUCCCUCCACAUAUGCCACAACAGAGUUAACAAACUAAAUUAACUCAUUAAUCAGACGAAACUCUUUUUUUUAAAAAAAAGACUAGCAUAUUAGUCGUGCUAACAUUAUGAAUCUAGAUAGGGGAAGAGGGGUCGACGGCGGAAGUGACAGUAAGUCGGAAUUAAAAAAAAAGGAAAAAAAGGCAAGUCGGACAUGGUACUGCAAAGUACACGCUGCAUGCACGUACCGUGUCGCCAGAAACGUGUUACAUGUCCAGGACCGGAGCGAGGAGAGAGUGGAAGCUUGUACGGCGGCACGGUCAAGGAGCGGUCUCUAGUCUCUACUCGUCAUUUCAUUUCCGCUUCAAACAUCCACGCGCGCCGUCUCUCACGGAGUCAUGGUCGCUCCACCGUGUGGCGCACACUGGCACUUGCAUGCAUGGGGUAUGGGCAUCUGCUUUCUACUGUAGCUGCAUAUGGUAGUCGUGUGCUUUAUACUCGUCAGUCGUUGUUGGGCACCCAUACGCGCUGAAACGGUGUAAGCGGAUCCUGACACAAACGAUGGGAGAGAGCUCACGUGCACUACAAGAUAAAUGAUAGGAAAAUGUAGCUUCCCGUUACGUGUCUUACCCCGCUACAGGGUGGAGAUAUUUAUAGGCUUUGCCCGGAGAUAGGUGGUCCAAAGUUCGAUCCUACCCCGGUCACCAACUAUAUCCGGGGAAUAUUCCGUGUAUCAGGGUAACAACGGUAACAACAGCAGUGCACGCGCAGCGACCAAUGCACACCGAAUAACACACCCGCUAACUAAGCUGACAGGUGGAGCCCCUAGAGGUGCCUCAUGGUGGGCUAAUGACGUAACGGUGUGACAUGUAGCUUCCGCCGGCCUUAGAGCCUUCGUGCUAUGGUACACUUCGCUGCGCUUGGACGGAAGGCGGUCGCCACCGUUGGAGCCUUCGCGCUAUGGUACCCUUCGCUGCACUUGGACAGAUGAGUGGCGAUGGAGACUCUAGGGCGACAUAGCGGCGAGGGCCUCGAUUGCUGGCGAUCGCUCGGAGACCCUCGCCAUUGUUCUCUUGCCACUGGUCGAUUGGUGGAUCGAAGGUCCCUUCGGCUAUGGACCUGCGUAGUUAAUGUGAAACAAAAGGAGAGGUCUUCGUUGUAUGAUUGAGGUCUUGUUCGUCCUCCGCCCAACAGUAGUUCCUCCGAGGAAGUGGUUCAUCUUGAUGGGCCAUUCCCGAAGUCUCUUGGUCUAGAAGGUGAUGAGCGCUGCCCUCGAUUAUCUGGUAAACCGCUUGUGGGACGCUGGAUGUGACCGUUGAGGAUUCCAAGGCGUCACUAUGCGGCCGCUGGUGCUUGACUAUACAUAUCGGCCCGCACGUAGGACCGAGUUACUGUUUGUCGCUUUCAGUCUCGCCUCACCGCAGUCGUUGCUUCCCCCUCGACGACACUGCGAUGCCGGCGUGGAGCACGACACCAAGCUUUCUCGCCCUAGCCCCCUUGAAAACUAUCGGUCGUCGUUUCCCUCAAUACGCUGCCAUGGCUCCUAGUGACGAUAGUGUGGCGGCACCGCCGCUGCUACCAAUGUCAAGCGGUGGGGGCGUCGCCGCUUUUCCGUCAGUUGUCGCGCCGUCUUCUGAUAUGGUUAGUCGCGUUAGUGGGUCGGGCCACUUGAAUUAUGAGUUGGCCCGUCGAGAACUUCGCGACGGAGGGUGAAGGAGAUGGAAUCUUUGGGGGUACUUCCCUACUGGUUACAGCCUGGCAGCGGGCACGGAGACUGUACCGCGAUCGGAUGGCGAAGUCCUGGUCUUGCUCACGUGCCCUGUGCUUGAAUUUCUCCCCUAAUAUACUUAUUAAGCCAAUAAAUGCACGAUAAUUUUGUAGAUCGACGGUUAGGUUAUGUCCAGUGGCAGCCACAUGGGCAAUGGAAAACACGAAGUGUGAAUGCGCGUGCGUAAACAAGAGGACGCCUCUAUCUAAUAAAAACGCGUAUGCAGAUGGCACAUAUAGACUUGUGGAGAAGAGAUAAACCGUGGAUUUGAAGUAUGGGAAGGAGGGCACUCAUUUUUCGCAUCCUCGUUCACGCUCUGCUGGUGGAUAGUUUACAAACGCGAAAAAAGUAUGGGAGCAGGGUGUUGGAGAUAGCUUUAGGAUAUAUUUAGAUCCACAGGACUAAAAUAAAACGACUAAAAUGAUUUAGCUCCUUUAGCUCUCAUGGAGGAGCUAAAACUGAAAAGUCUCUGGUCCCCACUUUCCCCUCACCUUACCUCCCUUAGGACUGUGGAGUCUUGGGUCCCCACCUUCCCUCUAUCACUCCAUUUAAUGUUUUAAUGAAUGUCUAGUCACUUUUUCUAAAUGGGAGUGACUAAAUUAGUUUUGUAACUUUAUUUUAGUCCUGUGGAUCUAAACAUGCCCUUAGCGUGACAGUUCUUUGAAAUAGCAGUUCUUGUGGGGGUGCGAGCGGCAAAUACAGCGCCGGCUCUUGGUUUCCAAGUGGCCCCCUACGUGGAACCUUCUGAGACGGCUAUCCUACGUGUACGCUAGCCUCCAAACUUCAAAGCGCGUCUCUGCAGGGCUCGCACGUGCUCUUUUUCCCUCCUCACCCCGAAUUAACAAUCGCGAAAUCCCAGGUUUGACCUUUCCCCCAGCCUUGUUGUUCCAGUGGGGCCCACUACACCCAUGUCCCCUUCUUCCUCGCACACGCGGGACACUGCACCUGAGCCUCUCAAGCCCUCAACACGCCAAUUUGACCACGUGACCGUAAUCUUGAUCCACGGCCUCCUUGCACUUGCACCGCACCGGUGCCUAUUUAACCCGCGCUCGAACAACUCUCUGCCGGCAACGCAACCAAACCGCUCUCGCUCUCGGCUCUCGGCUCUCCACCAGUCUCCGCUCUCUGGACGCCGGAAAUGCAGAUGGACUCCUACAACUACAACUACGCCAGUUUCUUCCACGACGAGGCUCCGUCCUUCUACCCGCACGUUGCGGUGCCGCCCUCCCCGGAGCUGCCCAUCGGCCUCAUUGCCUCGCCAGGGGAGCCGGAGCCGCCCUUCGCGCCGCCGAUGCCGGCCUCGUUCCAGGACUACACGGGCGCCGUGGGCGUGGGCGUAGGGGUGAGAGCGCCGUUCGGGGGUGCCAGCGUGCACGGGCAGGCGAUCGACGCGCUGGGCGGGGGCGACGGGCAGCGCGAGCAGAGCAUGGCAAUGGCGGAGGACGGGGAAGAGCCGGCGCCCCGGCGGCGGCAGCCGGCGGGAGGCCCCGCCGCCGCCGCCGUCGAGAGCAGCCGCGGGUUCCGGCACAUGAUGCGGGAGCGGCAGCGGCGCGAGAAGCUGAGCCAGAGCUACGCCGACCUGCACGCGCUGGUGGCGGCCCGGUCCAGGGGCGACAAGAACUCCAUCGUGCAGGCCGCCGCCGUGUACAUCCACGAGCUCAGGGGCGCGCGGGACCAGCUGCAGCGCCGGAACGAGGAGCUCAAGGCCCGCAUCCUGGGCCACGACGCCGGGCAGCAGUGCGUCAAGGUGCAGUUCGAGGUGGACGAGCCGGCGUCCGCCAUCGACUCCAUGAUCGGGGCGCUCAGGCGCCUCAAGGGCAUGGACGUCAGGGCCAGGGGCAUCCGCUCCAGCCUGUCCGGGCGCAGGCUGUGGACGGAGAUGAAUGUGGAGACCACGAUGGCGGCCGACGAGGUGGAAAGGGGCGUGGAGGAGGCUCUGCUGCAGGAAGUGGAGAGGAAGCAGCAGCAGCAGCUUGGAGCUGGGAGCGCCGCCCCUGGUUUUCCAGGCCCGUCAUCGCACGUGCAAAACGUGUUUUGACACGCGAUCCUCCCCCACAACAAGAAGCGAAAAAGAAACAUGAACCCCGAGCCUCAUUUCUUGAUUCUUUUUUCUUUAAGAACCGGAUGCGCAAAACGAGCAUCCGCGUCCCUGGCUCUAUUGAUUUAUUUUUAAGUAGAAAUCGGUGCUGUUUGUGUACAAGUGUUGUCGCAGCCUCCAAGUGGGAUUUUGAGCACGUGUAUAAAGUUAUAGGGCUCGUGUUCUUACAACACACACACACAAAAAAAAAAAGAGACGUGCGGACAGUGAGGACUGAGGACAUGUGGGCAGGGAUCAAGUGGGCCGGAGGAAGCGGGCGAGAAAUGGGGUCGAGGGACAGGCACGUUCCGGUCGUGCCGUGUGGAGAUUCCUAGCCGCGGCGGCAACCGGUCACCAGUGUGCUCUCGUUGUCCUUGGUCUCUACUACUCCUGCUACAAAUGGUGACGCCUUUAUUUUAUCGUGUGGAGUGGAUGUAAAUGGACGCCACCACAAUAAAUUAGAGUACUAAAUUAAUUUUAGUUUAAAAAUAAAUAAAUAAAAAUAGAGUAUGAUUCUAAUCCUAUUCACUCUUAAAUCUCUACUACUACUUAUGUUAGUAUGGUAGGCGUGCACAGUUGUGGUUCUGCCGCGCCUCCACGUCCCUCCGCGCCGCCCGAAAUCUUGGAUCGCAUCAACAGCCGCAAUGCCUCGCCUGCCCCUGUCUCCGCGAAUCUCGCCUCCCCCGCCCCCACAAAUCUCGCCGUCGCCAUUAUCUCAAGUUCUCAACCCGUCCACAGCCUCCUCUCCAACAGCAAGCGCCGCCGCCGCCUCGCCUCGGCAAACCCGGCUCCAGGGCGACAGCUCCCGCCGGCGGGACAACAUACUUCAGCGCCGUGAAGCCGUCCGUGAUCCAGCUGCGGGGGCCCACCAAGGUCAGCGUCUUCAUCGCCAGCAACGACGCCGAGCAGGCCUGCCGCCUGCGACUUCAGGAUCACCGGAAGCUACCACGACAGCGCCUGUGCCGUCUCCCUCGGUGACUCCGACACCGUCAUCACCAAGGCAAGUGCGCUCUAGGCUCUCCCUCCUACCCACCCAUUCUUGGACCACCGAGGACGUCGCGGCAAGCUCGCCCUCACCCCAGCAAUCUCGCCGGCCCCCGCGGCCCGACCUCGGCAAACCCGGCUCUCCAUGGAAGGUACGCGCAGUCCACUCCUCCAUGGAAGGGCGCGAUCCUCGACCCGGCCACCACGCAGAUCCACUCUACCCGAGCAAUGCAUCUCUCCCUUCUGUCGUCAGAGAUCUCGCCCUUCCGCGCGGUCCCAAGCUCUACAGAUGGUGGAUAGCCAGAGAUUUUGCCCUUCCAUCCCGUCCUUCCCACCAUCCUUGCCCCAAGCCAGAGAUUCGCGCCGUGGAUCCGCCACCCAGUACCGCGCCGUGGAUGGCGGACCUCCCAGUACCGCGCCCGCGCCGUCCGCGCAUCACUAGCAGCAGCAGCCGCAGACCCAGACACCAUCACCACCAUCUCGAAUUUGACGUCUCGAGGUCGCCGUGCCAGAGAGCUUGGGGGCUAGGCGGACGAUGCAGAUGGCGGGGAGGUCUACGACAGGCUUAGGCCCUAGCGCAGAAAGUUGCUUGCGUCCGUGGCUAGCUCUCAUGGCCCUCGGUUGUCCGCCUCGCCGUCGUCGACGUCGUACCCUUCACGUUCCUCGUCGAGAAGGUUCGACCUUCUCUGAUCUCCAUCCUGCCCCUGGCAAGCUCGUCACUGCCAUUCCUAGCAUGGGCGCUGGGGCUUGACUCCUGCGUCGUACUCAUCUUCCUCAACACCUCGCCUACGCCCACCAGGUGUUCGACAGAGUGCCAUCUGUCCGUCUUGCAGGCUGGACAUGGACAUCGGCCACCAUGUGAAUGGCCUGCGUAAGCACCCAUCCAACGAGGUCUGGCAACUGGUGAAGCUGCUCGUUAGGAAAUGGAAGGAAAUAGUGGAUGAUUGGGUGAGGCUGCACAACUCAGGUGGUGAUGGUAGUGGCUCCAUCAUAUGCGAUGGUGACUCACCUGACAAAGUCCAAUCCAAGUACCAUCAAAAUACUCAUGUAACUAUUCUUCCACGCUCCAAUUUAGGCUGAUCUUCUGUUUCUUGUAUAUAGUAAUUUAGUAAUUGCAAAUAAAAUAAUUGUGCCACACCAGAUAAAAAAACUCGACCUACCAGUGGUAAGACAACCAUAUGGUGUCGGAUAGACAAGGGGAAUUUUUUUAACCCACGACCGGUGCCAGGACCUUAGACCAGUGCUUCGGCAAUAGGACAGACGAAGGGAUUUUUUAACCCCCGCAUAAAAUUUGCUCUCACAGGGAGUCAAAUUCAGAACCUGAGGAGUGCUACUCAGAUCACCUAACCAACUCAGUUAAAUCUUUUUUUAUGAAAGAUUUGACAGGUGUGUAGCUCAAUUUCCCUUAAUGUUGUCAUUCUACAUAAAAGCACCGCCCUCCCGUGGUUGCUGAUUCCCUGUACCAGGCACUUGGUAUUCCUCCCACGUUCUUUGCGAUAGGGACUUGGUAUUCCUCUGAGCACGACUUCAACGGCGGCAACUGCGACCAGGCACGCAGGCACCGGGUGGUGGUCGAAUCGAGGGAGGCCAUGCCCCUGUCCUUCGACAACUCCACCACCGAGGAUUCAGCGGCUGCCGUGAAGCCUAAGCCCAAGGUCAGGGUCAGGAAGAACCCCAUGAAGCAGUCAUGCUUCGACUUCACCAAGGUGGACGCCGUGCUUCUCCCCAUCGUCUUCCUCCUCGUCCGCCCCAAUGUUGGCAAGUCAGCCCUCUUCAACAGGUGAGAGGCACCUUAGGAAGGCAUCGGUCAUUGCCUCUCGCCUGUAGUUUCUAUGCCGCUAUGAGGGGUGGUGGCAUUUCCUCAAAUACGUUGCAUGUAUCACUGUAACUGUUCUUCCCCUUCUGUUACCAUUAACCCAUGCAUCUAAUUACUUGUAUAUUUUACGUUACCGUUUUCCUGUUCUCAACAUUUCAGAUUCUAGAUGAUGGUACGACAAAUUAUUUUAGGAGUGCUUUGCCAUAAUUUAAAGCUUGGAAGGGAGCUUUCUAUGAUUUAUUUUUCUGACUGUUUCGUCACAUGUUCUUUCCCUAGAUGAAAGUCUUGAUUUAUUUUUGGUUCUGCAGGAUCAUUGCGUCUCUGCGAGCUAAUCAGCUCUGUGAGCGUCUCCCUAGCCCCAAUGGCGAGUCAACUAUUGAUUGCCAUCAGAUCUCAAAGAUGCCAAAUCUUGCAUUCACCAUAGCAAAUAAGACUUUCACCUUAACACCAGAGCAGUACAUAGUGAAGCUAGAGCAAGCAGGACAAACUAUCUGCAUCAGUGGGUUUAUGGCAUUUGACGUACCGCCUCCUCGUGGUCCUCUCUGGAUACUUGGUGAUGUUUUUAUGGGUGUCUACCACACUGUUUUUGACUUCGGCGAGAACAUGAUUGGGUUUGCCAAAUCUGCAUGAGGACUGGAGUUCUGCGCUUUAGUAGCAUGUCCAGUUUGUUAUCCCGGUAUUGUACAUAUAUAUGUUGCCAACUGGUGUAAUCCGCAGUGUUUAAUAGUAUAUAUUCAUGCAGAAAUCUAGAAGAUUGUGGCAUGAUAUGUGUUUGCAAAUGGAGCUAUGUUAUGUAUGGAGCUCCAGGACCUAGAGUUUUAUGUAAAGGGAGACGAUGAGGAUUAGGGCUUUUAACCUAUUCUCAUCACGUUAUUGUCCUGAUUACUA